AUGGACCAGGCUCCCCCCGCAAAUGCUGUUUUCCGGUAUUUGCUACCUUGGUGCUUACUCCGGUUAAAUGUACUAUUAAGCUCAAGACAUGCUCUGGUGAAGUCUAGGAACCUCUCACAGCAACCAAACCAAAAAUUAGGUAUGGGAGAAUCGCCUGAUCCUCCUUUUGAGGAGACAUACAAGAAACUUUUUGACGACAUAAGAAUUGCAAAGGCCUCAAACAUUAAUUACCACAACCUCUUUGUUGUAGAGGAAUGCGAGUUGCCAUUGAUAGAUCUUGAACUAUUAUAUGGAGGAGAUUUUGAGAUGGAAGAAUGCAAGAGAAAGAUAGCUAAAGCUUCACAAGAAUGGGGUUUUUUCCAAGUGGUCAACCAUGGGAUUUCACAUGAUAUAUUGACAAAAAUGAGAAUGGAACAAAUCAAGCUUUUCAAGAAGCCAUUCCAUGAGAAAAUGAAUGAAAAGAAUCACAAAUUCUCCAAAGGAAGUUACCGUUGGGGAACUCCUUCAGCUACUUGCCUUCAACAACUUUCUUGGUCCGAAGCUUUCCACGUUCCUCUCACUGAUAUCUCUAAUUCAAGUGAUCUAAACAGCCUCAGCUCCACAAUGGAACAGUUUGCGACAACAUUGUCUGAAUUAGCACAUAAAUUAGCAAGAAUAUUGUCGGAGAAAAUGGGAUAUAAGUCGAAAUAUUUCAGAGAAACAUGUUUGCCAAGUACUUGUUACCUUCGGAUGAAUAGAUAUCCAGCAUGCCCUCUUUCCCCACAAGUCUUUGGAUUAAUGCCACACACUGAUAGUGACUUCCUCACAAUAUUGCACCAAGAUGAUAUUGGAGGGUUGCAGUUAAUAAGAGAUGGCAAAUGGAUCUCUGUUAAGCCCAAUCCUCAAGCACUUAUCAUCAACAUUGGAGAUUUGUUUCAGGCCUGGAGCAAUGGUGUGUAUAAAAGUGUAGAGCACAGGGUUGUUACUAAUAAAGCAAAAGAGAGAUUCUCAACUGCAUUUUUCUUGUGUCCAUCCUAUGACACUGAAAUACGGAGUUGUUUUGAGCCUCCUGUUUAUAGAAGAUUUACCUUUAGAGAAUUCAGACAACAAGUCCAAGAGGAUGUCAAGAACUUUGGUUAUAAAGUAGGUUUGCCUAGGUUUCUUGUAUCAAGUCAUUAAACUCAAAAAAGUUUGUGUAAACAUUCAUAUAUGGUCACAUUUGACCUUUUAAAUAGUUUAUAGGGGAAAAAGAAGUAUAAGUCAAUUUUUUUCUUUUUGAGUCUUAAUUUAGAAGAGGUUCGUAAUGUAUACUCCCCAUGUAAGUAUUACCUUGUACCCUUUAAGCAAGUAAUGAGUGUGAGCUAAUAAUACUUUAUAAAUUUUGAUAUACUAUAUAU